AUGUUCGAAUCAUCCGCCACCACCGCCACCUCGUCCAACAAUCCGUCCAACUCGGUCGCCUCCGUCAACUACUUCGACCUCGGCUCCUCGUCGCUCCCCCAGCACUCGACCUCGGUCAUCGUGUCCCCGCGUCCGCACCCGCAACAACAUCACCGCGACGAGAAUCCGCUGACGCCGAACUGCUACUACCCCGGCGGAUAUGGACUCAACUUCUUUUUGGGCGCCACCGACUUGCUGCAGGUAAUUUUGUGUGGCUCAAAGGAUGUCUAUAUGGUAUUUUGAAACAAGCAGGCGCCUUUUGUAAUGUUUUCGAAUCUGUCAGCUGACUCAGCUCAAGACUCUGUUUUGUUGUGAGGCCCAAUUAGCGAAUCUGGCCUAAAAUGAAUCAUUCUCCGUGCUUUCGGACGUCCAGGAACGUCUCUCAUCAUCAGUUUUACCGUUCCAGAAUAGAUUAGCUUCUGAUGUGGUGAGGAGUUGUUCAGGGACCAUCACUUAGAAAAUUAAAUUCAUUCUCUUUUCCCCGGUACUUCUUCAAGCUUACACCCUUCCCGAGAGUUCACAUUAUCCCAGUGACAGUCCCGAAUUUCCGGUACUUUUCGGUUAGAGGUUAUCCCCUGACCGUACCCUUUUUCAAGACAUUACCGCUUUGAUAUUUUGGCUCCUACCUAGGCUGAAGUACCUUACCGACCGAGCCUACCGUAUCCGCUCGUCCAUCUUCUCCUUUCUUAUCUGUCUCUAUCAAAUCAAAUCAAGCUAGGCGCGACGUGAAACAACCAUCAACACCAAUCACCGUCUUCUUCUCCUUCUUCUCCUUCUUUUUCUUCUUCUCCUCUUCCGUGCUGCACUUUUCACUUUCCCUUUCCAUAACCUUUUCUCUUUCUUCACGCUUUCCAUAUUUCACCUAUCCCCCUUUACCGUUAAACUAAGUUCCGCACUAAUUGGACGAAAAAGAAGAGACUGCAGAAGAGAGCCCCUCCAAUUAAAAGUUCUUGCUCACGAUAUCCGUCCUCAAAACGUUUCGAACUCCUCUCAUUAUUACCAGCUUCCCAUUUUCGAAAGAUAUUGUUCGGCCCCCUCCGGGAAGGGAACAAUAUUUGCGGUGGGAUUAUCCGAGAGAUGCCCGGAUCGUCCCUUUUUGAGUUGGGCCGACGCGUGUUUACACACUUCUACCGUAAUCCAUCCGCCCCACUUGUUACUUCUUCUUCUUAGGCACAAAGUGAGGGAGAGAGCAAGCACCGACCCAUUAAUCCCUUUGAAGAUUGGAUUCAAGAUCGUUUGGGCUUUCUUUGAUGAUUAGGAUAGUUUAAAAAAAGAAACGAGGUCACCAUUUCCAUGGUUAUCACCUAAUUGCUGUGGGUGUCCCAAAAAAGGAACGAAAAGAAAGAUUAUCGUUUUUGAAGUGUCAUAAAGCGUGCUGCGUCCGUGCCUCGGUCCCCUCCAUUCCAUCCUAUUCCUCUUCAGUCAAUCGUCAAUCGUCAAACAAAUACCGUACUCUCGUCCGUUUCCACAAAAGGGGCGUGACUUUCUCGCGCGCUUCUCUUCAAUUUUCUUCGCGACGCUCGCACACACACUUCAUAAUCAUCCCCGUGCUGGAAACAAGACCAUCUUACUCAUCUAUUACUAAUCUCCGUGCUCCCCAACAAGUUCCCCUGUGUUUGUGAUCCCGUCCGAUGAGUCAGAGUCAGCAGAAACGACGUGGCCGUACUUUGACGGAUAUCAGGAUGAUUUUGGAUAUGUAAGAGAGAAAAGGAAGAUCGGAAAUUCAAAGAGAAUGGGGGAUCUUGGGGGACUGCUCAAGUGAAACGUUUGAAAACUUUCAGUUCCAGCCGAGUGACGUCACCUCUCCGCUCACGCCCAACAUCAACUCACCGCUCACGCCGUCCUCGUUUUGUAAGUUUUGAUUGCGCAUCGAUCGAUUGAUGGAUUACUGUGCAGGCGGAUUCCCCGGAUUACCUGCAAACCAACUCUACAAUCGACCGUUCCCGGACUUUUACGCGGCGAGCUCGUCGACGCCUAUGGUACAGUAUAGCACGGUGAAAAGGCCGUCGACUGGAGGCAGAAAACCGAAGGAAGAGGUACGGUAGGGAGGGGUACGGUCGGAAUGGUUUAGAGCUAGUAGUCUAUCUUUUUGUUCACUCACUAUUAGUUUCGAACAUGCUCCUUUGGGCUUAAAUCAAAGCCUUCCACUGCAGUGUCCGGAGGAGCAUCCUUCCUUUUCGUAGGUUAUAGUUAUACUCUUUUUGUUAUGCGUUUGGGUCUUGCCACGAAAACUUUUAUGAGCACUUGCACUGACUGCAAUUCUUAGCUUUAGAUUCAGACGCCAAAGUGUAUGGGAACUAAUAGUAAGUCCUCGUUUGCUUUAUUCAUUUCCUAACGUUUCGUGUCGAGACCCAAAUAUAAUUGAAUAGGAAGUAAGAAUAGGUACAGUAGGAAGUGAGCGAGUGGGGGGCUGCGAAGAAAAACAAGUGUGCAGUAGUAGUGGAAACAGAAAGUGGGUGGAGAUUCGAAGAAAGAGAGAGAGAGAGAAUGUUCAUGGCAACACCCUCUCGAUAGCGAAUGACUCACACUCUUUUUUCAUUUUUGACUCACACACACACUCUCUCUCUCGCUUUUCGUGUGUUCAUCAUCAGCCAGUCAGCCAGUCUCCUCCUCAAAAGUUCUGUGAUUCAUUCGGGCACUGAGUCACUCUCUCUCUCUCUCUCUCUCUUUGGCUGACUUCUUCUUCUAUUCAUCAUCAUCAUCAUCAUCAACUCACGCCACUAUUCAAUUUCGAAAUUUCGAUUGCAGAGAGUCUAGUUGGGUAUGACGUGGCAAUACCGAAACGAGACUGCGUUCUUCGUGGUAAGCCAUCUCUAGAAGUGUCGUGUGAGAGCUCCCCCCGAAACCAUUCCGCUUCUUCUUUUUUCAUUUCUGUGGUGAUGCGACGUUGUGUGUGUGUGUGUGUCUAUACGUUCUUUGUUGUGAACUAGAAGCGAAAUUGUUUUCUUUCAAAUUCAUACAAGUCCAUAGAAGCCUUUAUUAGAAUUUGACAUAAGCGGCCAAUUUGACGGCCAAUGAGAUGACUCAUCGCCCACUUUUGCAUACAAAUUCCAAUCGUUUUGUUCCUUUCCUCUCUUCCCCAAACAUGGGCAACGGGAACGAAAUGAAGUUGAUAAGAGCGACUACUGUAGGCAUUCUGUAGUGGUUUAUGGGCGGCAUCUUCAAAAGGAUUCGGACUGCGCAUGGCUUCUUGUUAUUCAGCUGCCGAAAGAGAUAUCGAAAAGGCGUCAACUGAUAUAUUGCUCAGAAAGACAUUGUGCACAUUUUAUCAGCUGACAACGUUCUUGAUAUCUCUAGCUUGAAUACAGAAAGUGAACGUUCCAAACGGUUCUAGUCGGAGCAAGGUCCUCUUUCUGCUCUUCCCACACACCUCUCUAACGGCGCCCUUUUCCUCUCACAGGUACACUAUGCAAAGUAAAUAUGUUAGUCACCAUCACCGUCGCAAUAUAUUGUAUCCCUCCCUCCCUACCACCUCUCUCCUCGCCCGCCCUCAUUCUUUCGUUCGACACACACCUUUACAGUCUUCGAAAUGACCCAGACUGUAAAGUGCGGGGGGACAAGGUACUUGAGAGGAAGAAGAUGGGAAAAAGAUAAUCAGUUAUGCAAUCAACAGAGUCGGAAAAGACGUUCGGCGGAUUUCAGGAUAACAUGGAGGAGGAUGACGACGAUAAGAGGCAGAAGCGACGGCAGAGAAACAAGGAGGCGGCCGCGCGUUGCCGUCAGAGACGACUCGAUCUCAUGAAGGAGUUGCAGGAUGUAGGAGAAAGCCACGAGCUCCCCCAAUUCUGAGAGAAAAAUAGAGACUUUCAGCAAGUGAACGGCUACAAGAACCUGAACGACAAAAAGACGCAAGAGUGCAUCGAGAUCCGCAACAAGCUGGCGAGUCUCAAGAACUACCUGGAGCACCACGACUGCAAACUGUCGCACGACGAGCGCAUCCGUCACCUCAGCAUGAUGACGAUCCCCGCUCCGGCGCAGAUGCCGCUGCUCCACCACCAGCUCCGUGUCCACCCGCCGCGCGCCGACUCGGUCGCUCAUUCGGUGAUGUCGAACCACUCGUCCUCCUCUUCGGAACAACACUCGCCCAUCGAGGACUACAAACCGUCGAUCGACCAGUUGUUGCCGCCCAUCUCGACCAUGGUCGCCAACAAGGACCGCCAGCACAACCUGAUGCCCCCGCCGGCGCUUCCGAGCACAAGCGGCAUAUCGCAUUCGAUCAUCACCUCGAUUCCGGUGCCUCACUCGAACAACUCUCACCGAUCUGAGAAUGUGUUCGCCGAGCCGGAGCUCAAGGUUAGUUUGUGUUUCUAGAAUCAUUUCACUGUGAGCCUUUGCAGAUCCCGAAGAUCGAUAUGGAUCGUACGCUGACCGCUCUGGCCAGUGUCGAGGACUUGGAGCGUCCGUCGAUGCUCCCGAUGCUCUCGCGGAAUCCGGUGAACCAUCCGAUCACGACUCCGUCCAGAAUCUUCCGCUACAACGGAGAACACUAUCAGAAUCAGACUCCGCAGCCGCAGCAGCAGCCGCCGACGAGCGGAAGCGGCACGAGCGGAAGCGGAAGCAGCAGCGGCAGCGGCGGCCUUUUCUCGAACGGUAAGACGCCCACACUGAUUUCGUGUCGAGACCCAAUCACUUUUCAGUCGCCGGCGACUUCCUGGCCACGAACACGGGCCUCACGCCGUCCGGACAGCCGACGAUGAACUUCGUCUCGACGCCGACGCCGAUCAUGCCGCACCCGGACGCCGAUCUCCGACCUCUCUAG